GGGGGGACGCGUUUGGCUCGGCGGCCCGGGCCCCAGCAUGGCCGAGCCGCUACUGCGGAAAACCUUCUCCCGCCUCCGGGGCCGGGAGAAACUUCCGCGGAAAAAGUCAGACGCCAAGGAGCGUGGCCGCCCAGCCCAGCACCCAGAGCCCAGCCCGCCAGAACCCCAGGCCCUUGAAGGGCCCCAGGCAGGAGCAGAGGGACCCCUCAGGCCGGAGGCACCUCGGAGCCCUGCCCGGGGGGUGUACCUGCAAAGCCUGGAGCCCAGCAGCCGAAGAUGGGUGCUGGGAGGGGCCAAGCCACCUGAGGAGGUGCCUCUGGGGCCAGGGAUACCUAGCAGUGGGGAGCCCGCUGGCGAGAUCUGGUACAACCCCAUCCCAGAGGAAGACCCCAGACCCCCAGCACCUGAGCCACUGUGGCCACAGCCAGGCUCUGCUGAGCCAGAGAACCCAACCCACCAAGGUGCAGCCCCCGCCAGCCCCCCAACCAAAACCUCCCGAACCAAGUCCCCGGGCCCUGCCAGGCGCCUCUCUAUGAAGAUGAAGAAGCUGCCCGAGCUGCGGCGCCGCCUGAGCCUGCGGGGGCCCAAGGCUGGCCGGGAGCGCGAGAGGGCUGCCCCAGAGGGCUCUGUCAUCACCCGCUACCACCUGGACAGCAGUGUGGGGAACCCCCGGCGGAUGGCAGCUGCUGGGAGCACUCAGAGCGCCAGGGCUGUGUACCUUAGUGAUAGCGAUUCCCCCGAGCGCCCGGCAGGCCCCCCAUCGCCUGCUGCCUUUCGGCCCUAUGAAGCAGGCCCAGCGGCCCGGGUGCUGCCAGCUGCACUCUGGGGCCGCCUCAGCCUGCACCUAUACGGGCUCGGGGGACUGCGGCCAACACCAGGGGCCACCCCGAGAGACCUCUGCUGCCUGCUCCAAGUGGAUGGGGUGGCGAGAGCCCGCACAGGACCCCUUCGAGGAGGGCCGGACUUCCUACAGCUGGACCACACCUUCCACCUGGAGCUGGAGGCCGCCCGGCUACUGCGGGCCCUGGUGCUUGCUUGGGACCCUGGCGUGAGGCGGCACCGGCCCUGUGCCCAGGGGACUGUGCUGCUGCCCACAGUCUUCCGAGGCUGCCAGGCCCAGCAGCUGGCCAUCCGCCUGGAACCCCAGGGGCUGCUGUAUGCCAAGCUGACCCUGUCGGACCAGCAAGAAGCAUCCGCCACAGCUGAGCCCCGUGUCUUUGGGCUGCCCCUGCCACUGCUGGUAGAGCGGGAGCAGCCCCCAGGCCAGGUGCCUCACAUCAUCCAGAAGUGUGUUGCACAGAUUGAGCGCCGAGGGCUGCGGGUAGUGGGCUUGUACCGUCUGUGCGGCUCCGCAGCAGUGAAGAAAGAGCUUCGGGAUGCCUUUGAGCGGGAUAGUGAGGCUGUCUGCCUCUCUGAGGACUUAUACCCUGAUAUCAACGUCAUCACAGGCAUCCUCAAGGAUUACCUUCGAGAGUUGCCCACCCCACUCAUCACCCAGCCCCUUUAUCAGGUGGUCCUGGAGGCCAUGGCCCGAGGCCCCCCAAGCAGAAUUCCUCCAAGUCCUGAGGGCACCCGAGGGCUCCUCAGCUGCCUGCCAGAUGUGGAAAAGGCCACGUUGACGCUUCUCCUGGACCACCUGCGCCUCGUCUCCUCCUUCCAGGCUCACAACCGCAUGACCCCACAGAAUUUGGCCGUGUGCUUCGGGCCCGUGCUGCUGCCGGCGCGCCAGGCAUCCGCCCGGCCCCGCAUCCGCAGUUGUGGCACAGGCGUCACCAGCGCGGUGGACUUCAAGCGCCACAUCGAAGUGUUACACUACCUGCUGCAGUCUUGGCCAGAUCCCCGGCAGUCCCCAGAGGCUCCAGAUGUCGCACCGUACUUGCGGCCCAAACGACAGCCGUCCCUGCACUUGCCGCUAACAGGCCCUGAGGUGGUGACUCGGCCCCGCGGCCGCGGAGGCCCGGAGAGCCCCCCAAGCAACCGUUACGCUGGCGAGUGGAGCGUUUGCGGGCGGGACUUCCUGCCAUGUGGACGGGACUUCCUGUCCGGGCCUGCCUAUGACCACGUGACGGGCAGCCACAGCGAUGAGGAUGACGAUGACGACGACGAGGCGGGUGAGCAAAGAGGCGCUGCCGACUUCGAAGAUGAGUUUGAUGCGCCCUUCAAUCCGCACCUGAAUCUCAAAGAUUUUGACGCCCUCAUCCUGGACCUGGAGAGAGAGCUCUCUAAGCAAUUAAACGUGUGCCUCUGAACUCGUGGAGCAGGGCGGGACCCUGGUUACUAAGGCAGGGCCCUUAGUGACCUCAGAGGACCGGACGUGUUGCACAGGCCGAGCUCCUGGUUGCUAGGAGAGUGGCGAACUGGCCAGCCUCCCAAGCUGAAAGUCAGUCCCAGUUCUCUGUGCCACUUAUUUGGGCACUAGUUGCCAGGGCCAGGCACGGGAUUUUUAGCGACUAGCUCUUGUGGCCGUCUUUCCUGAGCACCAGGACUAAGCCUGUUGUUGCCAAAAGGCAGUUCUCCUGCUUGCCAGGCAGGCCUCUCGCCACCCCUUCGCUGGGGUGCACACCAAUUACUGUGAGCAUCACCCUGGGGUGCUGAGACACCUCUUAGUCCUCUUGUUGCUGCCAACCAAAUCAGUAUUAGCUUCGAGCACUGCACUCUUGUUUCUCCCUCCCUUGGAGGACCCAAGGACUAUCAUGAGGUUCUGUUUGAGGGUGAGCAGCCCCUAUCCUAGGCUCCAGCUGGAUAGGGACAGCCUGGGGAUUGUAGAGAAACAACUGGUUUCCCCACCCUCUUUUCCAGGGAAGACCCCACGAUAGGCCUCCAGCCAGCCAAUGGAGAUGACAGAGUCUGGCCCUUACCUUCCUCUUCUCCCCUCCCUACCCUUGAAAAAAUGGAGCACUUAGCCCCUCUGUUUCAGAGGGGCCCCGCCUGAAGUGUCAGGCUGGGGCACUUUGGUACGAAACCUAUUUAUUGCCUCCGUGUGUGUGUGUGUGUGUGUGUG